AUGUUUGUCACCCGAAAAUCCCAUAAAAACCGGGAGCAAAACUCACGGAAACUUCCUGAGAAUCUGCUCAAACGAUGCUCAAACUUUGUCUGCUCUUCCUUGCGACUUUAGCCGUGGCUCACGGGCUCGGCGGAAUUGUUGGUAGAAAGCAGACGGUUACUGUAGUUGGUAAGCUCACUUGCAACGGCCAAGCUGUGAAGGAUGUGAAGAUCAAGCUGUAUGAGGAUGGAACUGUCUAUGACACCAAGAUGGACGUUACAAACACAUUGGCAGACGGAACCUUCAAAGUAGUCGGCGGCCAGAAUAAAAUUCGCAAGAUCGACCCAAAAAUCAAUAUUUAUCACAGAUGCAACCACGUCGGACUUUGCCCGAAAAGGGUUACCAUUCAUGUUCCGAAGAACGCAGUUGGCAAAGGAUCCAAAGAAGCUCAACUUUUUGACAUUGGAGUUCUGAAUUUGGCCAAUAAGUACCCAGGAGAGGGUACUGAUUGCAUUCAUUAAACUUUUUUUUUGGAACUUUUUGAUAACUUUUAUGUUUUAAUUGGAAUUUUUCAUAAAAUAAACGUUUAAUUACACUU